AUGUCCUUUGUCGCUAUUGUUGCAGCAUAUCCCACACCAAACUUGGGCACGAAACGUACUUCUUUGGCUAGACGCGAGGGGCUUGACUUUGACCUCACUCACUAUUUGAACGCUAGGACGCCUGACGACAUUAGUAACCCUCCUAAGUUCAAAGGUCCUGACGAUCCUGACGACCCUGACGAACCUAAUUACUUCGACUGA